CUUCAUCAUUCAUAUGAAGAAACCAGUGAUAAAAUCUUUGGAAAUACAAUGAGACUUAUCAGAAGCAUCAAUAUAUUUUGUAGUCUUGUUAUAUCAGUAAACGGCUGGUCUUCAAAACUGCCAGAAGAAAGGGAAUUGACUACCAACUGCUCCAACAUGUCUCUAAGAAACGUUCCUGCAGACUUGACCCCAACUACAACUACACUGGAUUUAUCCUAUAACCUCCUCUUUCAACUCCACAGCUCAGAUUUUCAUUCUGUCUCUAAACUGAAAGUUUUGAUUUUAUGCCAUAACAGAAUUCAACAGCUGAAUAUCAAGACCUUUGAGUUCAACAAGGAGCUGAGAUAUUUAGAUGUGUCUCAUAACAGACUGAAGACUGUAACUUGGUAUUCACUGGCAAACCUCAGACAUUUAGAUCUUUCUUUUAAUGUCUUUGACACCAUGCCUAUCUGUGAGGAAAUUGGCAGCAUGUCACACCUGGAAUUCCUAGGCUUGAGUGGGGCAAAAAUACAAAAAUCAGAUUUCCAGAAAAUUGCCCACUUGCAUCUAAGUACUGUCUUCUUGGGAUUGAGAAUCCUUUCUCAUUAUGAGGAAGGUAGCCUGCCCAUCUUAAAUACAACAAAACUUCACAUUGUUUUACCAAUAAACAUAAAUUUCUGGGUCCUUUUGCGUGAUGGACUCAAGACUUCAGAAAUAUUAGAAAUGACAAAUAUAGACAGCAAAAGUCAAUUUGUAAGCUAUGAAACUCAGCAAAAUCUUAUUUUAGAGAAUGCCAGGACAUCUAUCCUCUUACUUAAUAAGGUUGAUUUACUCUGGGAUGACCUUCUCCUUAUCUUCCAAUUUGUCUGGCAUACGUCAGUGGAAUACUUCCUGAUCCAAAAUGUGACUUUUGGAGGUAAGGUGUAUCUUGACCACAGUACAUUUGACUACUCAAAUACUGUAAUGAGAACUAUAAAUUUGGAGCAUGUACAUUUCAGAAUUUUUUACAUUCCACAGGACAAAAUCUACUUGCUUUUUACCAAAAUGAAUAUAGAAAACCUGACAAUAUCAGAUGCACAAAUGCCACACAUGCUUUUCCCUAAUUAUCCUAUGAGCUUCCGAUAUUUAAAUUUUGCCAAUAACAUCUUAACAGAUGAGCUGUUUAAAAAUACUAUCCAAUUGCCUCAUUUGAAAACUCUCAUUUUGAAGGACAAUAAACUGGAGACACUUUCUUUAGUGAGUUGCUUUGCUAACAGAACAUCCUUGAAGCACUUGGAUCUGAGCCAAAACCUACUACAACAUAAAAAUGAUAACAAUUGCUCCUGGCCAGAAACCUUGAUCACCAUGAACCUGUCAUCCAAUAAAUUUGCUGAUUCUGUUUUCAAGUGCUUGCCCAGAAAUAUUCAAAUACUUGACUUGAAUAAUAACCAAAUUCAAACUGUCCCUAAAGAGACUACUCAUCUGAAGUCCUUACAAGAGCUAAAUAUUGCAUCUAAUUUUCUAGCUGAUCUCCCUGGGUGCAGUCAUUUCAGUAGACUCUCAGUUCUGAACAUUGAAAUGAACUUGAUUCUCAGCCCAUCUCUGGAUUUUUCUCAGAGUUGCCAGGAAGUUAAGACUCUAAAUGCUGGAAAAAAUCCUUUCCGGUGUACCUGUGAAUUAAGACAUUUUAUUCAGCUUGAAAAAUAUUCACAAGGCAUGAUGGUCGGAUGGUCAGAUUCAUACAUCUGUGAAUACCCAUUAAAUCUAAAGGGAAUGCGGUUAAAGGAUAUUCAUCUUUCUGAAUUAUCUUGCAACACAGCUCUGUUGAUUGUCACCAUCGUGGUGAUCAUGCUAGUCCCGGGGGUGGCUGUGGCCUUCUGCUGCCUCCACUUUGAUCUGCCCUGGUAUCUCAGGAUGCUAGGCCAAUGGGCACGAACACAGCACAGGGUUAGGAAAACAACCCAAGCACAACUCAAGAGAAAUGUCGAAUUCCACGCAUUCAUUUCAUACAGUGAACACGAUUCUUCCUGGGUGAAGAAUGAAUUGCUCCCCAAUCUAGAGAAAGAAGACGAUUCUGUCUUGAUUUGCCUUCAUGAGAGAAACUUUGACCAUGGCAAGAGCAUUAGUGAAAAUAUCAUCCGUUUCAUUGAGAAGAGCUAUAAGUCCAUCUUUGUUCUGUCUCCCAACUUUGUCCAGAGUGAGUGGUGCCACUAUGAACUUUACUUUUCCCACCACAACCUCUUCCAUGAAAAUUCUAAUCAUAUAAUUCUUAUCUUACUGGAACCCAUUCCAUUGUAUUGCAUCCCUCCCGGGUAUCAUAGGUUGAAAGCGCUCAUGGAAAGGAAAUCAUACAUGGAGUGGCCCAAGGAGAGGCAUAAAUGUGGGCUUUUUUGGGCAAAUCUUCGAGCUGCUAUUAAUGUUAAUAUAUCAGACACCAGAGAAACAUGUGAGCUGCAGACAUUCACAGAGCUGACGGAAGAGGAUUGAGGUUCUGCAGUCUCUCUGAUGAAGACAGACUGCCUAUAAAA